AUGGAAUCAGUAAUCGCAAAGACCAUGAACAAUGCCGUCUCCCAGUUGCCAGCCUCAGGAGCCGAGAGAGAGGCUUGUAUAUCCAUUGAUCCCGAAGGUUUCUUCCUGCGCCCUCCGCCGACACCUCACCAUCUAUCGUCCUUUAUCACACCAGAUGAACAUUUAUUCCAGACCAUACAUAUGGGUGCUGCUGUAGUCGAUGAAGCAAAGUGGUUGCUGGUAAUCGACGGCCUUGUGCGAAAACCAUUCGCCCUCUCCUUGGCACAACUCAAAGCGUUGCCUCAGACUUCUGUUACGUCCUUUCACGAAUGCUACGGAAGUCCGCUGAAACCGCCGACGAGCAAUCCUUGGCGCAUUGGUAACGUGGUAUGGAGUGGCGUUCGACUGUCGACUAUUCUCGCUCUUGCAGAGCCCCUUCCUGAAGCACACUUUGUCUGGUCAGAAGGUCUCGAUCAGGGAAAGUUCUUUGAGUACGAAGCAGACCGUUAUCAGAAGGACUUACCGGUGACCAAGGCACAAAGGCCUGAGGUACUUCUCGCCUGGAAGAUCAACGGUGAGCCACUCUGUAAAGAACGAGGCGGACCGGUGAGACUUGUUGUCCCUGGCUGGUUCGGCACGAAUUCGACAAAGUGGCUUUGUAGACUUUCACUAGAGGGGACUCGUGCACCUGGCCCUUUUGCAUCUGUCCUUUACAACGAGAAAGACCCAGCAGAUCCUGAGGGAGUUAGGAUGCGGCCGGUAUGGGAAGUCGAAGUGAACUCGAUGAUAACGAAGCCUGCGGCCUCGGAAGCCAUCUCUGCAGGAUUGGUAACGGUGGAAGGCUGGGCUUGGAGCCAUGAUGGUGUUGCACUGGUAGAAGUUAGUAAAGACGAAGGACAGAGCUGGGUUCGAGGAAAGGUAGAUACCAAAGAAGAUCAGGCCUGGCAAAGGUUCACUGUCGCCGUUGAACUUGAGUCUGGCAUUUUGAAGUUGAUUGCUCGGGCAACUUCUGAAAGUGGGAUGCAGCAGCCUUUGGCCGGAAGACGCAAUCAUGUCCAUAGCAUUACGGUAAAUGUCAAAUGA